AUGAAUUAUCUAAAGUUAACGUUUGAUAAGCUGGAUGUCGGUGCGCUGAACGAUCAGGUGGCACACGAAAGUUGCGGCGCGGUGUCACUGUUCGUGGGCACGACUAGAGAUAACUUUGAAGGCAAAACUGUGGUACUGCUGCAGUACGAAGCGUACGAAGCGAUGGCCAUCAAAACGAUGAACCUGCUGUGUGAGGAGGUUCGCGCUCGAUGGCCGGAUGUGGUGCACAUCGGCAUACACCAUCGGCUUGGGACGGUUCCGGUCAAGGAAGCAUCGGUAGUUAUAGCGAUAAGCUCGCCACAUCGAAAGUCCAGCCUGGAAGCGGUACACUACACCAUCGACGAGCUGAAAAAAUCUGUCCCCGUUUGGAAAAAGGAACUGUACGGUGAUGGCGAGGGCAGCUCGGAGUGGAAAGAGAACAGCGAAUGCACAUGGUCGAAGAAGUACAAGGACAAUCAUUUACUGUAGCAGACAGUUUCGCAAACUGAACAUUAUUUUUCAUGCAUGAGUGCUCAUAUGCAAUCAUAGAUUGCAAAAGGAAGGGAAUUUAUAGCUAGAUAAAAGACGACACACAGAACGAGUUGCAAUAUGAAAUGGUGCUUUUGGUCCGAUUAUGCGACAUUACCGUUAGUUUAAGAUAUUAAUGAUUAACGUGUAACAAGAACAGCUGAGUCACGUUUCAAGUGUACGAUAUCUUCCAUCAAUCACAGUGAACGUUAAUUAUCUCUUCAUGAUCGUAGGUACACAACUUCCGCCAACUGAACACAAAGUGUUUUAGAACAAAACGAACAAAUGCAGGUUAUAUUUUUGAUUGCUAUACAGAGGUAAAGAUGGUACAUUCUAUUAGGGAAAUAGAAUCGUUGUAAAUUUAACAAUAAAUAAUAAAAGACAACAAGUUAUUGU